AUGGAAGACGGCGAGCACGAUCCCGAGGAGCCGAUUGAGCCGACUGAGCCGUUUGUCCCCUUCUCGGAGACGCCCGAAGAGGCCGAGGUGCGCUAUCUAGAGGAGCUUGCAAAGGCAGAAUUGGUUAUUGCCCUAGAACUGCCCAAGAGCUGCCAGAUCCAGGGACAGGAAUGCAACCUUCCCAACCCGACCUUUCGCAAAGCCAUCUCGCAUCUUUUCGGACGCAACAAGCUCUGCACUCGCUCGAUCCCGGACCACGUUUGGGUUCAAGCCUGUCGCAAACACUACCAGCGUAUGCGGUAUCGUAAUGUGACCCACUAUGCCUCGAGACAGUGUGAGAUUGUGCGCCAGACCAUGAUCCAGAUCCAGGCCUGGAGCAAUCUCAACGACCGCGCCGGCAAGCCCGGUCAUCUCGACGGCUGGAAGCUUGACGUCCGCAAGCGUGAACAGAAUCGGCUCAAGAAGUCCAAGAAGCGUGCUCGCGAUGCCGAGGACGAUGACCAGCAGCACUCUCUGCCUCUGCGCCACGAGUCGCUGGGGAGUGACGAUGACGAGUUUUCUAAUGGAAUGCCCGAUCACACUCCCACGGCCGUACCCGAGUGGCUUUUGGUGAAGUGCGAUCCCGAAGUCAACUACACCACACGCCAGAUCCUCGAGGUCCUCAACGAGAUCCAGGAGGGAAUCGAGCGUUAUGGAUACGACAACCAGCAAAUUGCCAAAAAUGCUAGCCACGUUCGCCACCCAAAGUCAUUGGAGAAGAUUCCGGAUAUCGAGAUGCUGCCUCGCAUUUCGACUGAGGGCCCCGAGACGCCGACUCCCAAGCCCAAGGCAGUAACUCGCAAGACCACGGGCGGC